CCCUCGCGGCUCUAUUAGUUUGACAUUAACUGCAAACCUUUUCACGGUGUGUUUUUACUGCGGUUUGUUUUACCCAAAAUAACGAGAAUACGUGUUAUUUUUUGGAUAUAACUUUUCGAUAAAAUGUCCGCUUCAAUCAUUUCGAGCGCAAAGCUCCAAGAUGAUAUGAGUAGCAUACCGUUGGCUGACGAUGAUCCACAAGUCAUAAUUCCUGAAGAAGACAUUCCUGACAAUGAUUCACACCUUUCGGAUCCAUUUGCAAGAGGACGCAGCAUGGAUUCAAUACCAUCUACCUUCACAAACGGCAGUUGCAGCCCAAAUAGUCUUGAUCCUGAUGCAAGUCCUGAUGAACAAGAAGAAAAAGCCCGACUAAUAUCCCAGGUAUUGGAACUUCAGAACACUUUGGACGAUCUGUCACAAAGAGUUGACAGUGUAAAAGAGGAAAAUCUCAAGCUACGCAGUGAAAAUCAAGUGUUGGGUCAAUAUAUAGAGAAUUUAAUGUCAGCAUCGAGCGUCUUUCAAUCCACAAGCCCAAAUUCUAAAAAAAAGUGAGCUCUAUAAUUAUAACUAUUUCCAAAAAAAGACGCAAUCGCAGAGCGUCGGUGGCUGAGAGCGCUAGAGGAAAACACGAUAAUCGAACGCUUGGCCAAUGUUUGAGACAAGGACUGUUCACGUAUGAAAGUGAUUUGCCAUCGAUAAACCAAUCAAUCAAAAGUUGAUGAGGGGCAAAUUCUUGGCUUUUCUCUGCAUAAAAGCAUCAGAGUGUUUAAGGGCGAAGAACCUCAGCGCGAGUUUCUUCCAAAGCUCCAUUUCUAGAUGCACCUGACUUUGAACCAAAGAAUGAUUUUAUACUUUUAUUUUCGAUAUCAUUUUUUCAUGGCAGUCUACUGCCAAUUAAUUGCUUGAAAUGCUUUAUAUAUAUUUUUAGGUCAUAGAAACUAAUUGCAUAAAUUAUUAUUUCAUAUUUCGGGAUUUUAAGUAUUCUAAUUGUCACCGAAAUGAGACUACAUCUUUCUUCAGGGCUCAUAUACUUCAUAAAUUAAAUACAUAUUUAUAAGUCUCAAUGAAUUAAUUCAUUUUGCAUUCAACUAUUUUGCUUUGAGAGAGUAGAACGUGAACAUACAAAAGAGAAGAAAAUCACGUACCAACAAUAUUUGCUUCUCGAUUGAGUUGUUUACCAUGAAACAACUCCACGAACAAAUAUGUCCAAAAUCUGUUGUUCGCAGCUUACAAUAACGAAAAAAUGAUUUCAAUACCUUGAAAAAUGAGCAAUAUUCUAUAGAAUGAAAAACGACUGUUGUCUGCCUGGUGAUGCAGUCGGAAGGAAAGCCAAAAUUUAGUAUACAAAUACCGUUGAAUGGUGGACUGUGAAAUUUUUUGUUACUUAAUCAAAUUAACGUUUCAUUGUAACGCGGUAUUUAAAAACGACGUUGAUUUCAUAUCAAUUUCAAUUAUCAUUCAUCCAAGAUUUUUACCCUCGUUGGCACAUGCUUCAUGCACAAUCUUCAAUUACUGAAUAACGUAUAUAUAAAUUCUAUAUAUCGUUGGGUAUCACGAUGUUCUAAUAAAUAUGGAUUAAUGUGA